ACAGUUUGGAGAGUCAGGAUGGAGGUGUAGUGCUCUUUAACGUCUAGGAUUAUCUAAACUGAACUGAGGAUAUUUUCAUUAAAAUCUCCACUUCACAAUGCUUUUAUAAUAUUAUACAAGCUAGUUUGACUGCUGUAGGGUGUGACCAUGGCAACGACAGCUUUGACUGGUUUCUCCAUGAUGAGCCUGCUCAGCCUCGGGUACCUGACCUGGGAUUUGAUGAGUCCUAACCAGGUGGAAAAUGAGCCAGACCAGACUUUUGGAGGCAGGUCUCCUACUCCACAGCCUCCUCACAUCAUUUUUAUCCUGACAGAUGAUCAAGGGUUCAAUGACAUUGGCUAUCACAGCUCUGACAUCAAGACACCAGUGCUGGAUAAACUGGCUGCAGACGGAGUAAAGCUGGAGAACUAUUACAUCCAACCUAUCUGCACCCCAUCCCGAAGUCAACUCAUCACCGGCAGGUACCAAAUUCAUACUGGCUUGCAGCACUCCAUUAUCCGGCCACGCCAGCCGAACUGCCUGCCCUUUGACCAGGUCACCCUCCCCCAGAGGCUGCAGGAGCUGGGCUACUCCACUCACAUGGUUGGCAAGUGGCACCUGGGAUUUUAUAAGAAGGAGUGUUUGCCCACUCGCCGUGGCUUUGACACCUACUUUGGGUCCUUAACGGGCAGUGUGAAUUACUACACCUACGACUCUUGUGACGGCCCGGGGCUGUGCGGCUUUGAUCUCCAUGAGGGGGAGUCGGUUGCAUGGAGCCAGAGAGGAAAAUACUCUACACAUUUGUACACGCAGAGAGUUCGCAAGAUCUUGGCAACCCAUGAUCCUCAGUCCCAGCCGCUGUUCAUCUUCCUCUCUUUCCAGGCUGUUCACACUCCACUGCAGUCUCCACAGGAGUACGUUUACCCUUACCGCGAGCUGGGAAACGUGGCACGCAGGAAGUAUGCUGCCAUGGUCUCAGUUGUAGAUGAGGCAGUUCGGAAUAUAACAUAUGCUCUUCGCAAGUAUGGUUAUUACCAGAACAGUGUCAUUAUCUUUUCUACUGACAACGGUGGCCAGCCGUUGUCUGGUGGCAGUAACUGGCCUCUCAGGGGACGUAAAGGCACCUAUUGGGAAGGUGGCAUCCGGGGUCUGGGGUUUGUCCACAGUCCUCUACUGAGGAGGAAGAGGAGGGUGAGUAAAGCCUUGGUACAUAUAACUGACUGGUACCCCACGCUGGUGGGUCUAGCAGGUGGCAAUGAGUCAUUGACUGAGGGUGUAGAUGGAUAUAAUGUUUGGCCAGCCAUCAGUGAGGGUAAAGAGUCGCCUAGAUUAGAGAUCCUUCAUAACAUUGACCCGCUGUAUAACCAUGCACACUGUGGCUCGCUGCAGAAAGGAUAUGGGAUUUGGAAUACAGCCGUUCAGGCCUCCAUACGAGCUGGAGACUGGAAACUUCUGACAGGAAACCCUGGUUAUGGAGACUGGAUCCCAGCACCGAUUCUUCCAGGAUUUCCCAAUGAUUGGUGGAACUUAGAGCGCCACACUCAGCCCCGGAAAUCUGUGUUUCUUUUCAACAUCUCUGGAGAUCCCUACGAGCGUGUUGACCUUUCUGAGCAGAGGCCAGAUGUCGUCAAAGAACUUCUAGCCAGGCUGGUGUACUACAACCGCACUGCAGUGCCAGUAAGGUAUCCAUCAGAAGACCCUCGGGCUGACCCUCACCUAAAUGGAGGUGCCUGGGUCCCCUGGGUGGGAGAUGAGGAGGAGGACACUUUGGACAGUUUUUACCAGAAGAAGAACAAAGAUUGGAAGACGAAGCUUAAGCUGUCCAAAACCAGGUCAUUUAUCAGGAGACUCAACGCUAGGAUGAUGUCCAACAGGAUAUAGAGUGGGCAUGACUGAAAACAAUUCACUUCAGAAAGACAGUGUUCAGAUGUUUGAGUUAUGCAAGCUCCAGUUGCUGUUAAUGACUUUCAGAUGAAGUUCAGUCUCUAUAGAAGUGACUGAUUAAACAAAUCCAAAUCUGUUUUGUAAAAAAUGUAUUAAUAAAUUCCAUAAACAAUGACAAUUCUCCCAAGAAAAGAGUUGGUUAUUGUAAAAAUAUUUCUGUAGUCUACAUGUUGACAAAGUGAGAAGAAAAAAUCCUUCAAUCAACCAAUCAAUCAAUCAAUCAAUCAAUCAAUCAAUAAUAUUAUAAAUGGCAACUACCUCUAUAUUACCAGAAAGUCAGAAUAAGCUAACUUUAGUUGCUGUAGUAGAUAAAUAGAUAGAUAGAUAGAUAGAUAGAUAGAUAGAUAGAUAGAUAGAUAGAUAGAUAGAUAGAUAGAUAGAUAGAUAGAUAGAUAGAUAGAUAGAUAGAAAGAAAGAUAGAUAGAUAGAUAGAUUCUUCAUAAUUGAACACAAACUGAAAGGUCACAUCCUAAAAAAUGUGAUUAGGACAUAAAUAAAUAAUAAAUAAUUAAAUCAAUUAUUUUAUUCUUAUGCCACAUAUCAAAAUUGUUUUUUGAACAUCGUGAAAUCAUUUUUCUAUGAGUUAAUGUUUUUUAAUCUGUACUGAAUCUUGUGGUGUGUGUUGUUGUUCACUGUUGUAGGCUGAUGUCUGACUGAUGUGUGUGACUAAAUGAUUAUUACAGUGGAGAUUUAUUAGUCAGUAAGAAAGACAGCGACUGCCUGAGGAAACCUGAUCACCACACAAAGGCCAACACACGUGCGGGUGCUCAGAUCAAUGGUACACACACAUGUGAGCAGGAAAACACCGCAUCACUCUGAAACUAGUAGAGUUACCCUUUUUUGAGUCACUUUCCUUCAUGUAGAACGAACAUAGAUGGCUACCAGAGCGGAAUUCCACCAAGUGUCCUAGGAGGAGUCAUUAUUAGCUCCACAUAUUUAUAAAUUGUUUUGAUAUGCUUUUUUGGGGGGGUUUUGUUUUCAAAUAAAAACAGAGCAUGAGAUUAGCUGAACAGAUAUGUAAUCUACAGCAGAAAUGCUACUAAGUUCUCUGACCAUGAUCAAUUCUGCCAUGUUGGAUUAAAAGUGGGCAGUGAGGGUCGUGUGCUACAAUAAUUGUUUUUUUUAAUCAAUGUAUUGCAGUGACUCAUGUGUUUGUAUGAUGUCACUUCAUGUUUUUGUUAUUGUUGUU